GCAAGCAUUCGAUAUCACAACUUCGCCCCGAGUACUUGUUUAAAAAUAAACAGAAUAAAGAAUGUUGUUUUUAGUAUGUUGUCUGCUUGGGGUUUUUGGGGUUUCGGCGGAUAAUAUACAGGGAGAAUGUCCAACGAUCAAAAUUCAAGAAAAUUUGGAUUACACCAAGUUUUCAGGCAGCUGGUACAACGUGGCCAGCUACGCCAGCGAUGGUCGAUCGAUCUACGACUGCGCUACGCUGGACUUCCAAGAGGACAACCUGGGUUACACCCUAAAGGAGACCUACGUGGUUGCUGAGGGGAACCGGACUCACAAGUCUUAUCUGGCUAGGGUUGAUCCCACCUUCGAUGCUGGAAACAGGGCGCAGUUCAUUGUCAGUUACGAGAAUGCUGAUAAAGUGCUACAGUUCCCGUUCUUCAUACUAUCCACUGACUACGACAACUAUGCCAUCGCAUACACCUGCAAGACUUACAAGAAGAAGCCGAGAACCCAUUACGUUUUCUCCUGGGUCUUAUCAAGAAACAAGCAAAAGUUAGAAGGAGAAACAUUGAAAAAAGUUGAAGACGCCUUGUCAAAAUACACGGAGUUGGCCGAGCAUAGACAGUCAUUUGUUUUUAAAGAAUUCUCAGACGCAGAAUGUCAGUUCUCGCAAAAAUUCGAGACAGAUUUCUUUACUAGUAAUUUUUGGUAAUCUUAUAAUAUAAAUAUUAAAUUAGAUUACCUGUCACGUUAAGAGCCAACUGGAGUGGUAAUUUCUCCAUACAAACGUACUCGACUGUUUCCUCCGUGGGUUUGGAUGCUAGAGCAAUGAUUUUUUCAACACAGAUUAAUAUUGUCCAUAUCUGUGUUGGACCGUUUUGCUUUAUUUGAUAUUUUUGUUAUUCAAUGCGCUAGAGCCCUUCAAAAAUGAGAGGCGUGCUAUUCAAAACUGAUAUCAAUUAGCCAAAAAAGCAAAACGGUCUGACACAGAUAAUUUUGUAAUAAUUUGGAUUUCCAAGUUUGGUUAGGAUCGGUUUAGUUUUGGAGGAGGAAACAGGCGAGUACGAAACCUCGAUUAUUGAGAUAUUUACGCGGGAUUUUUCGCCUUGUCCUUAUCGCACUAGUUUUAGGAGCCGCUUCCGUUAGCGAGACGGGUAUAUUUACCAAUAUUUAAAAUCAGCUCCUGUUUCGUCUUAAGCAAUGUUUUCAAUUUAUAAAAUAUCAACUUGCAUAACCCGACUAAUGUAAUUAGUCGAAGAAGACUGGUCGGCUGAAGUGUCUUUUCCAAUGUUUUAAUUUUUAUACACUUAUACAAAAAAACUGUGAUUAUAUAUUUUUAUUAAAAACGACCGGCAGUUU